UAUGCAAAAUAUUUGCAUGGAACACGGGAAUGGGUUUUUAAAACGUUUUUAGAUUGGUUUGAAGACGAUACUUCUCAAAAUCGUGCAUUUAUUAUUUCUGCUGUUGCAGGCAUGGGUAAGUCUGUAAUUGCAGCUACUUUAUGUAAACGUUAUCCACAAUAUUUGACUGCAAUUCAUUUCUUUCAACACAACAACAGUCGUUACAAUAAAGCCAAUGUACUUCUUCAAUCUUUAGCGAUGCAAAUUAGUCGUAAGUUUCCUGUUUACAAACAACUUCUUGUGAAAAAACUUUCGGGUCAACUGUGUGAGCCUUUGAAUAACAUGAAUGUUAAAGGAUUAUUUUCCCUUCUUUUUACUGAGUUGUUUGUUACAAUUUUGGAGUUUCCUAAGCGAAUUCUAGUGGUGUUGGAUGCUCUUGAUGAAUGUGGUUAUCCAGAAAGAGAUGACCUUGCUAAUUUGCUUGCUAAUCACUUACACAAACUUCCACGUUGUUUUCGAUUUGUAAUUACAACCCGACCUAACGAAGUUGCUUUGAAUGAGUUCGAAAAAUUAAAUCCACUGUUCAUUAAUUGUAGCGAUGAUCGCAAUUUAGAGGAUAUUAAAUUAUUGAUUGAAAAAAGAAUCGGCGCUACUGGCAGCCUAUCUUAUGUUAAAAACAUAUUGGCAGAAAAAGCUGACGGACUUAUGUUGCUUGCGUCACUUCUUAGCAGUGAAGUCAAAAAUCAGGAUUUGUUGAAAGGCUCCAUACCAAAAGAUCUCAAUGAAUAUUACAAACUUUGCUUAACAAGAUUAAGUAAGGAAUUAGAUUCGUUUGAUAUCAGUAACGAAAAGUUUCAGUCAAUUUUAAAUACUUUGGCUGUUGCUAAAGAACCUCUUCCUUGGGAAAUGAUCGAUGACGUUCUUUGUUUGAAUUCAAAUUACAUAUCACUUCAGGUUAGAGAGAUUAUCUCUUGUCUUUUUGUUACCAAUGGAGAAGGAUGUGUUUCGUUUUUUCACAAAUCUUUAAAUGAUUGGUUGUUGGAUGAUCGAAAACAUAUUUACUCAGUAAAAACUCUUUGUGGUCAUCGACUUGUUUUAGAAUUUUGUUUAAAAUUAUUAGAUAACCUCAAAGCUGAAGGUGUAAACUGUGACGUCAUUAAACAUGCAUCAGUGAGAUAUUCAGUAAAGUAUUGGUUGCUUCAUUUACUUGAUAUUUCUGAUGUUGAUUACAUCGUUAAAAAUGUUGGUAAAUAUCUUGUUGACUUAGAAGUUUUAGUUGCUUCUGUGUUGGUUGAUAGAGGUCGUACUUUUGGAAAUUUUGAAUUAUUUAACGCACAUGAUGUGUACUUUCAUAUUUCUGAGGACAUUCGAUUGUUAUUUAAUGAAGUUUAUUCUGUAAUGACGUACUCUAGGCGCUUUGACAAUGAAGUAAGUUUUUUGCAACGCGUUGCCUACGAAGUCAAUGAUAUGUCGUCGGAAGCGACCACAAUGAUUCAAACACGUUUCAAAGAUUUACCAUAUCUAGAGUACAGAGACACGGGUUUUGUAAAGGCUCGAUUAUUACGUUUACAUAGAUGGUCGAUGCCUCUUGGUCAGUUGAUUUCUGUUGAUGUUGCACGAAAUCAUGAUUACGUCGUCUGUGGUUAUUAUGGAUUCGUCGUGCAACUUUUUUCAUUGAGAACAAACAGAUGUUUAUGGAUAAAAAAUAUUGCUGGUCAGUUUAAGCAAUAUAACGAGAAAGACUUUAGCGUUGUCUUUCAUCCAUUCGAAGAUUUGAUUUUUGCUUCCCAGCUUGAUAAGAUACUAGAUAUUAAUGGUAAAAUUUCCUCCAGUCCGUUCCAUUGUGAUGAUUCUACUUCUAAGUUCUUUACCAACAAAUGUUUUUCUAAGGAUAAGUACACAAUGGUCACUAGUUACAAAGAUAUUUUGACAGUAUGGGACGUUAAGAAAGGUGAGAAGAAACGCAGUAUUAGAUGUAAAAAUGUGACCUCACUGUGUUUUUCUAAUUCUGGAAGAUAUUUGUGUGUUGUUGUGAGAGGAAAAAAGUUUCAAAUAUUUGAUGUAGCGAGUAAUUAUGAAACAUUCGUUUACGACGAUCAUUUAACGCGUGAUAAAUUUCGUGUGUGUGAUGUUUUGUUCACUGUUGGUCUUCAUUCUUGGUGUUUGAGCAAACCUUUUUCUUGUAAGAAAGAUUUCAUUGUAAAUCCCACUGGUGAGAAACUUCAUGACUUAGGUCCUGAUUCCAAAAGUUCGUCUUUUAAUCUCGAUCCUUUCGAUGAGAACAGAUUUAGCUUUUCCUUUAGUGGAUAUGUAAAGUAUUACUUUAUUUUGAACAACGACAAUGUUCUUUUGUUUGAAUACGGAAAUCGCUUUUAUCUUUAUUCAAUACCGCGUGCAUGUUUAACUAACAGUUACAGUUUUCGUAACGAGAAAUUUUGCUCAAAUGUUAAAUUUAUGUAUCGGAGCAAUGAAGAAAAAUCAAGGAUAAUUAUAUACAAUCUCAACACAUUUGACUGUGUUGUCAAGGAAUGUUUUUUUAGUGACAUGGUUGCUGUAGAAAAUGGAGUUAUUUUGCUUACGGCAAAAAAUAUUCCUGAGCUUUGGAAUAAUGCUUUGACAAAACUUGUUUAUAGUUUCGAUGAACUAAAAGUGUUGAAAACAAGCGAAAAGAAAUAUCAGUGAAUUUUGAAAAUUAUCGAAAUGUGCACGUAUUUGCAUGUAGCUCUAAGUAUCACGUGUUUGCUAAA